AUGGCAGCUAAAAACACUCCCAUCCGGUCCAGCUGUCACUGCGGCGCCAUCACCGUCACAGUUCCACGACUGCCCGAAUAUGCCAAUAGCUGCCAAUGCACCAUAUGCAGACGCUAUGGCGCCGCAUGGGGCUACUACCAUCCAGAUGAGGUCAAGAUCGAAACCAAGCCAGGCACGAUAACCAAGCAGUACAUCUGGGGAGACCGAGACAUAUCUUUCAACUUCUGCGAGAAUUGUGGAUGCGUGUAG